UGAGAGUCAUGCAGGAGUUGGGGCGUGAAGUGUGAGUGGUUCAGAAGGUUAACACCAGAGAUUAGUAAAGCACUUUAGCGCACAGGACAGUUAGGAAGUGACUGCUGUGCUUUCAGGAGGAAGUGGGAUGUAGGCGCUCGCAUGGAGGAAUCUGUGGAGCUUUAAAUCUUUAAUAUGACGUCGCUCAAAGCAGCCCAGGACUUUAUCUAUACUGCCUUACAUCCACGCGAGAUAUGACAUAAAGUUCAGAGUUAAACAGCGUGAUUAUGAUGUGAUAGCCGGAGGUGAGAAUGGCCACAGAGAGUCGGGUGGUAAAGUCAUCGCGCCCAGGCGCCGGUGACGGACUGCAGAGUGAAGCCACAGCGGAAGCGAAGAGCAGGGAAGCGGAGCGCGCGCGGACUCCAGUGCCGCUCUCUCACCAGGUGGCUGGACACAAGCAGGGCAUCCAUAAAGGCGGUAUCCUACAGCACUUUGAUGGAACAGUACUCAAACAGCUGCAGCCUCCACCCAGAGGCCUAUGUGAGCUGCACUUCUACACACAGGUGUUUGCUGAAGAUUGUAAAGAUCUGCACCUACUGGCUUUACAACAACAUGUACCCAAAUACUAUGGCACAUGGUCAACUCCAGAUAAACCAAAUGAGCUGUAUCUGAAGUUGGAGGAUGUCGCUGGGAGGUUUUCAUGUCCAUGCAUCAUGGAUGUAAAAAUUGGGAGAAAGAGCUAUGAUCCGUUUGCCUCACAAGAGAAACGAGAAAAGCAGAUUAGAAAGUAUCCUCUCAUGGAAGAGAUUGGGUUCUUGAUUCUAGGAAUGAGGGUUUACCAUGUAGCUUUAGAAAGCUAUAUUAGUCAUGAAAAGUUCUAUGGACGCAGCCUGACAAAAGAAACGCUUAAAACUGGAUUCAAGAGAUUUUUCCAUAACGGAGAGGAGCUAAGGAAAGAUGCCAUUUCUUUAAGCAUCCAUAAAAUCCGCAACAUCCUGCACUGGUUUGAGGGCCAGAAGCAGCUCCACUUCUAUGCCAGCUCUCUGUUGUUUGUGUAUGAGGGCUCUCUUCACAGAGCCAAUGCAAAGAACAGAAGUGAAGCUCUGACAGGACAGAAACAUAGACAGGCUGAGCCAGAGAACAGAAGUAAUGCUCACCUUACUAGCUCAAAGAUGAACAGCUCCUGUGGGCAGUUAAACAGUAGCAGCAUUCUCGAACCCAUUCACGAUAUGAGGAAUGUGAAUGGGUUGGAGUCUCACACUCUAUAUCACCUGGCUGACAUGGAGGCAAAAACAAACACUGUGGUUGAAGGCAAGAGUUCAGAUGGAGGGAAGGAGGAAAAUGUGGAGGUCAGGAUGAUUGAUUUUACCCAUGUGUUUCCCAGUAACAGCUCAGAUGAUGGCUACAUGUACGGACUAAGGAGCCUCCUCUUUGUUCUGGAGCAGCUCCUCCAAGACUGACUAUAGGUCCUCCAAGAUUAUACUAAGUUAUAUGACUUGGAUAGCUCAAAACAUCCAUAGACUUUUUUUUCCCCUAUGCUGGUUCAAGUUCAUCUUGUAAGGAUGUUGAAAUGGUGAAGUGGAGUUACUCAUCUACUAUAUAAUUAAUAGUUAUUCCACGAAAUCGAGUCAUACAUGAGCUGAUAGCUGACGAGGUGCAUAGUGACGAGUUGGCUAUAAGCCAUGUAUGACGAGAUUGAGUGGAAUAACUGUUUUAUUCUAUCCAUAUUCACUGGAUUUUGGGAAACAGAGCAUUUUUAUUUUUAUUCUUUGCAAAUUCGAUAAAUAAAAACUUGAUACAAAAUGGUCAACAAAAUAAUUUCCGCUUAGAAUGUAAACAAACCAGCGAAAUGUCAGUAGCAAUUUGUGAAAAAUGCUAUAAUAAUAAUUCUUGAAAACUAAAAAAUAUAUAUGUUCUUACCAUCAAAUACUUUCAUUCCAAAUAUCCUAUCUAUCUAUUGGUUCUGUUUCUGUUUCCGGUUGAGAGUAUGUCGUGUGUGUUUUGGAUGCCACUUCUCACCAGAGCGUUUCAUUUUUCUUUUUUUCCUUUUUUUUGGUGCGUUUGUGUAGUUUGUUGUUUGUUUUUUGUUUGAGUGAUUUGUCCGCCGGUUGUGGUGUAGCUCCAGAUCCAGUUUUGGUGUCUAUUUCCUCCAGGCCUUGGUGCACCGUGGGUGAUACCUGUGCUCCUUGCUAUGGACUGCAAUGAGCUCAUUGCUGUUUUUAACAUCAGGGUUGUCCAGCGCUCUGUGCAGCGGUGCUUUUGUGCUUGGCGUGGUGUUCUGAGCGAUGUUGCCCGGUGGCGUCGUUUGGCUGUGCAGGUGGUUUGUGACGUACCAGUGCUCUGGGUGGCAGUGCUUCUGUGCUCGCUUUGUGGAUCCAUAGUGCGGUGUUCCAAGCGAUGUUGCCCAGCGGCGUCGUGGCAGCUGGGCAGGUGGUGUGGUAUUUAUCUUCAUGCGCCUGGUGGGACUGUGGUAGCUAUGCCAUUGGAGUUCCAUCCUUACCCUCUCUUGAUGGACUGUCUUUUUUUCCUUAAUUGUGAAGCGACCUUGGGUGUGAGAAAGGCGCUAUAUGAAUUGAAAUUAUUAUUAUUAUUAUUAUUAUUAUUAUUAUUAUUAUUACAUAUUUUGUUGCUUUUUUGUUUUUUUUGGGUUUUGUUUUCGAAUAGAGUUUUUAUUUCGUCCUCGGUUGGUUCAGCAACACACUCUGGCAUUUUGUUUUUCUCUAUUCAUGGUAUACUGUAUGAGCUGAUAGCCUUGUAGUAGAGUAGCCAAUUGUUCAUAUCCAGUGAAUGUGGAUAGAAUAAUGAUUGAUUAUAUACAUUAGAUAAAUUGUGUAUCUGCUUAUAAUUAGACCCUGCUAUUGCUUGUGCUAGAAUACAGGAGGGAUGAUGUUCAGUGUAGAUGUUUUUACUCUAAAUCACCAAACGUACUGCCCCCCCAAAACAAACAAACAAACAAACAAACAAACAAACAAACAAACAAACAAACAAACAAACAAACAAACAAACAAACCAAACCCCAAACAGCUGUAUGUGACACUGAAUGUAAUUUAAAUGCAUUUUGAAAAAUAACUGGAAGAUGAAAAGCAAACUUCUUUAGAGCACAGAUCUGAUGUGAAUAUUAGAGAACUUUAAAAUAGGAACAAAUUAUAUUCUUCAUAACCAUUCAAAUUUUGCUGUUGCUUAUUCUUUAUAUCUCACUGCAAAAGUUUCAAUU